AAGACACCCAGAGAAACCUCUGCGUAAGGCAAUAAGGCAGAUAAAACCCUUCAUUCUGCUGCUUUUUGUGACUGACGCUGAGCCUGAAGCGGCUGUUUAGACGCACCAUCAGAGACAACCGAGCUGCAGGGAACUUAUUUUUGAAGCCAUGGAAGAACAAUGCCUGGUGAUUCUGGACACUGACACCAAUACUGCCACAGAGGCUGGCAAACAAACGCCCAGCAUGAACAACAACAGCAACAACAGCCGCUGGAAGCUGGCUGGAGCCCUGCUGACUACACUUUGCUUCGCUGUUGCCGGAGCCCUCCUCUUCGUGGGGAAAGCCAAGUAUCCCUCUGCUUUCCUUCUUAUACAGGUGCAGGAUCAUGUGCAGGAGGCUGAUGAUAUUCGCCACACGUUGAGGCAAAUCUCUGGGAAUUUAAGAGCUGCCAUUCAUUUAGAAGGAGAGUACAGCAGUGACCUGAAAAGCUCUGUGGAGUGGAAAAGGAAUGUGAACCAUUACCACGCUCAAGGAGGGCUCGAGCUCAUUGACAAUGAGAUUGUGAUCCCUCAAAAUGGGCUCUACUUUGUCUACAGCCAGGUGUCCUUCCGCGUCAGCUGCAGCAGCGAUGACACCAACAGGCCCAUGGUCCACCUGAGCCACACUGUACAGCGAUGGUCCCGAUCAUAUGGGAACGAUGACAACAAGAAGGAGUACCAGACCAUACUGCACUCUGUGCGCACUGCCUGCCAAAAGAUGGCCAGCAGCAACCCUGAAGAGGAAGGCAACUGGUUCACCACCAUUUACAUGGGAGCCGUGUUCAACCUGAACAGAGGGGACCAUCUGAAGACAGUGAUGGACGAAAGGCUGCUGCCCCACCUGGAUGAAGACGAAGGGAAAACCUUCUUCGGUGUGUUUGCCUUGUAA